CCCCUGGUCACCUACUGACCACGGAGCAUUUACUCAACAACUAUUAGAUCUGACCCAUAUUAAUCUAAGGGUUGAGAAAUAUCAGCUCCACUUGAAUUAAAAUAUAUUAUUUUACAUUUAUUUAAUCAAUUUCAAUUAGUUUAUCAUCUUCCUGUUUAUCAAAAAAAUUUAGUUUAUCAUCUUCCUUAAUUUCAACCACGUCUUCUCCUCUUCUCACAGUCCCAAAACAAAUUUCAAAACCCAAAUCGUUCCCGUCGGGGAACCAUGUCAAGAAUUUGAUAUCAAACACGUCUUCUCUUCUCAAUACCCAGAGCAAUUGUACAACCCAGUUCUCAUCCCGGAUUCGUUUCCGCCGUCGCCGCCGUCGCCGUCGUCGUCGCUUUCCACCACCUUCUACGCCGUCGCUCCCACCACCUCCAUUUUGGAAAGGCACCUUCUCCAUCUCUUUUUCUUAUCUCUUAUAUGGUUUUUGUUCCCUCAGAGGUUUGCUUUGAGAUUCCAUGUAAUAGAAAGAAAGCUUUUCGAUCAAAAAAUAAAUAAAUAGAAAGGAAGCUUCCUAUGUAAUUGAACUACAACAGUACAACGUAAGCUAUUGGGUUUAAAAAGGAAAAAGGAUGAUGGAACUCAUAAUGGAAAGUUGGGUGAAUUUCUUUGUUCCCUUUUGUUUUUUUCCACCACCAUUUUGUUUCUAGUCAGUAGAGCCCAACAUUUUUUUUUUCCUAUUUUAUUAUUAUUAUUGUUUAUAAUUGGUGUGGCAUAUUCUUUGACUAGUUACAAACACGUGGACAUCAUGGAAAAUACAUCGGAGCAAUGGAAGUUUUUCCCAACAGAAACACAGAUGGCAUAUAUCCCUGAUGUUGAAGAUGAUAUGAAACCAAAAGAUGGACAGCAAUUCGAGUCAUUGGAUGCAACAUACAAGUUCUACAAUGAUUAUGCAUUUAAGGCUGGAUUUAGUGUUAGGAAAAAGUAAGGAGACGAAGAGGAAGGAAAUAGUAUAUUGGAAACAAUAUGUUUGUUCUAAAGAAGGGGAAACUGAUGAGACAUGGAGAAAAACAAAUGAAAUUGAGGAAAGAGAUCGAGGGAAGACUCGAACAUGGUGCAAUGCAAAAUUAACCGUAUGUAAUGAUGGAAGUAAUUAUGUGGUCAAGACUUUCAAUGAGGAACACAACCAUCCCCCAACAACACCAAGCAAAGUUCAUUUGUUAAGAUCACAGCGUACUGUGUCUACUGCAAAAAAGAAUCUGAUACAAGACUUGAGGCGGGUGGACAUUCCUAUAUACCAGCAAUUUGAAUUAUUCCAGACACAAGCUGGUGGGCAUGCAAAUGUUUGCUGCACUGAGAGAGAUUUAAGAAAUGUGGUGCGAGAUGAGAGAGAAGAAGUCAAGGGUCAUGAUGUUGACAUUUUAUAUGAGCACUUCAAAGCUGAGCAAGAGAAGGAUCCAGAUUUCUUUUUUGAAUUUUAUACGGAUGAAGAAAACAGGCUUCUCAGAUGUUUCUGGAUUGAUUCAAUUGGAAAAAAAUCAUAUACAUAUUUUGGUGAUGUGGUUGUAUUUGAUACAACAUACAACACUAAUCGUUAUAAGAUGAUUUUUGCUCCAAUAGUAGGUGUGAACCACCAUGGGCAAACCAUUAUUUUUGGAUGUGCAUUUUUGAGCGAUGAGACCUUUGAUUAGUUUGUUUGGUUGUUGAAAACAUGACUUGCAGCAAUGCCUAAAAGUGCCCCGAAUGUUAUUAUCACCGAUCAAGAUCAAGCAAUAAGUAAGGCAAUUGCUCAUGUUUUGCCAAACACAAUUCACAGGUAUUGUGUGUGGCAUAUUCUAAAGAAAUUUCCGGAGAAGACUAACGUAGCUUUUAUGCAAGAUUACUAUGAACUUUUCAAGACAUGUAUAUGGGAUUCGGAGUGUCCAGAAGAAUUUGAAAAGAGAUGGUUUGAAGCAUUGGAAAAAAGUGAGCAAACAAAUAAUGAAUGGUUAGAAAAGAUGUAUGAACUGCGUGGCAGGUGGAUUCCAGCAUAUGUAAAUAAAUACUUUUCAGCAGGGAUGUCAAGCAGCUAAAGAGUAGAAUCUGCACAUGCAUUCUUCAAGCGUUAUUGUGAUAAAGAAAACAACUUGAUGGAUUUUGUCACGCGUUUCAAUAGGGCAGUUGCACAUCAGAGACAUGAAGAAUUGGUUGAUGACCAUAAAGAUUUGAAUGAGACACCAAAUUUGAAAUUAGGGAUUCCAAUAGAGGUCCAAAUGUCUCAAUUGUAUACCAAAAAAUACUUUCAGUACUUUCAAGCUCAGCUUCAUGAUAGUAAUGGUUAUAUCGUAAAUGCCGUAAUGGAAGAUGACAGUCAUUGUGUUUACAAGACUGAAAGGGUGUUUGCUCAAAACUUAAGGAUGCGGACGCUUGUACAUGAUAAGGUAUCAAACAUAGUGACAUGCAGUUGUAAAAUGUUUGAAUUUGAAGGUAUGCCUUGCAGGCAUAUUUUGGCUUUGUUACGACUAAAACAAAUUAUGGAAUUGCCAAAGGAAUAUAUUCUGCGAAGAUGGACAAGGUUUUCAAGAAUUCGUAGAGAAAGGUGUCAAGGGAAAGAUGGUGCAGAUAAUUCAUUAAUAAUGAGACACAACAGUAUGUUCAAAAUUGCAUCCAAUUUAAUUGAUGAGGCGGUAAUUUCACCAGAGGGGACUAAACUUGUGCAAAAGGCAUUUGAAGGACUUAUGGAGCGAAUUAAGAAACUAAAUCUUUCUGUUGGGCAAGCUUCUAUCAACAAUUCCUUAAUAGGGACUUCUGAAGAGAAUCGUUUCCUAGAUCCUUCUCAAGUGAAGACUAAAGGUAGUGGAAAACGCAUAACAUCAUGGAGAGACAGGAAAAGAAAAGUCAGACAUUGUUCUAAAUGUCAAAGUACUAAACAUACUAAAAAGACAUGCACAUUUGAUAGGUCAGAGAUUGUGGAAAAUGAGGUAGACAAAGCAUUAGGUGAACAAGAUUACUUGUUAUUUCUUCUUGAAAACUGA